AAGCCCAAGGAAUCGCAUAUCUUGAUGGCGUCUGUGGGGCUGCAGAUUUUGGGAGUUUCGCUGGCGGUGAUCGGGUGGCUUGGAGACAUCAUCAUCUGCGCUCUCCCCAUGUGGAAGGUGACGGCUUUCAUCGGCAACAACAUCGUGACGGCCCAGAUCAUCUGGGAAGGGCUGUGGAUGAGCUGUGUGGUGCAGAGCACCGGGCAGAUGCAGUGCAAGGUCUACGACUCCAUGCUGGCUCUCCCCCAGGAUCUGCAGGCAGCCCGAGCCCUGGUCGUCAUCUCCGUGCUGGUGGCGAUCUUCGGCAUCCUGCUGUCGGUGGUCGGGGGCAAGUGCACCAACUGCGUGGAGGAGGAAUCGACCAAAGCCAAGAUCUGCAUCGCAUCCGGGCUGUUCUUCAUCGUUUCGGGGAUUCUCUGCUUGAUCCCUGUCUGCUGGUCCGCCAACACUAUCAUCAGAGACUUCUACAACCCUCUGAUCACCAAUGCCCAGAGGAGGGAGCUUGGCGCUUCCCUCUACAUUGGCUGGGGAGCCGGGGGGCUCCUCAUCCUCGGAGGAGGACUGCUGUGCUCUCAGUGUCCCAAAGGCGACCGCCCGUACACCGCUGCCUAUUCUGCUACAAGGUCUACCGCUGUGGGAAGGGAAUAUGUCUGAAGCAGCUUUAAUAGACGUUUAUAUAUAUUUUUUACUUGAGCCUCAUUGUCUUUUGUUCGAACUUUCCGCCUUCAACUACCGAAUUGUAUUUACAGCUGUAGCUGAGAUUGUUACUAAAGUCUCUAUGUAAGUAAAAGAAACAUGUUGUAAUAAAGCGUUAGUUAGGGUUUUGUAAUAAAGUCUAUUACUUUUCGAUGUCCA